CAUGGAAACUUCAGUUCCACAGGCCAGAACUACUCUUCCUCCUCCUUCCCUAUUGGAUUAUUUCGCUCCGCCUACAACUCAGAGAUGUCAAAGGUCCCAGGAUUUCUUCCCUCCACCUCCAGUGGAGCCCAUCGUGGUUGAGGAGCCCAUCUGUUCAGUGGAAGCUGAGUCUCUUCAGAGUUUUGAGGGUGCCCUACAACUGCGGAAAAAUAAGCCACUGAAGGGUUUGACACAGCGACAUAAAAAAAGUAAGACAGACAUGGAAACUUCAGUUCCACAGGCCAGAACUACUCUUCCUCCUCCUUCCCUAUUGGAUUAUUUUGCUCCACCUACAACUCAGAGAUGUCAAAGGGCCCUGGAUUUCUUACCUCCACCUCCAGUGGAUCCCAUCGUGGUUGAGGAGCCCAUCUCUCCACCAGCGAAUCCCAUCGUGGAUGAGCUGCCCAUCUUUCCACCAGUGAAGCCUGUUGUGGUUGAGCUGCCCAUCUCUCCACCAGUGAAACCCAUCAUGGGUGAGCUGCCCAUCUCUCCACCAAUGAAGCACGUCAUGUUUGAGCUGCCGAUCGCUCCAGUGGAAGCUGAGUCGCUUCAGAGAUUUGAGGGUUUGACACAGCGACAUAAAAAAAGUAAGACAGACAUGGAAACUUCAGUUCCACAGGCCAGAACUACUCUUCCUCCUCCUUCCCUAUUGGAUUAUUUUGCUCCACCUACAACUCAGAGAUGUCAAAGGGCCCUGGAUUUCUUACCUCCACCUCCAGUGGAUCCCAUCGUGGUUGAGGAGCCCAUCUCUCCACCAGCGAAUCCCAUCGUGGAUGAGCUGCCCAUCUUUCCACCAGUGAAGCCUGUUGUGGUUGAGCUGCCCAUCUCUCCACCAGUGAAACCCAUCAUGGGUGAGCUGCCCAUCUCUCCACCAAUGAAGCACGUCAUGUUUGAGCUGCCGAUCGCUCCAGUGGAAGCUGAGUCGCUUCAGAGAUUUGAGGGUUUGACACAGCGACAUAAAAAAAGUAAGACAGACAUGGAAACUUCAGUUCCACAGGCCAGAACUACUCUUCCUCCUCCCUCCCUAUUGGAUUAUUUUGCUCCACCUACAACUCAGAGAUGUCAAAGGUCCCAGGAUUUCUUCCCUCCACCUCCAGUGGAGCCCAUCGUGGUUGAGGAGCCCAUCUGUUCAGUGGAAGCUGAGUCUCUUCAGAGUUUUGAGGGUGCCCUACAACUGCGGAAAAAUAAGCCACUGAAGGGUCUGACACAGCGACAUAAAAAAAUACAGAAAGACAUGGAAACUUCAGUUCCACAGGCCAGAACUACUCUUCCUCCUCCUUCCCUAUUGGAUUAUUUCGCUCCGCCUACAACUCAGAGAUGUCAAAGGGCCCUGGAUUUCUUACCUCCACCUCCAGUGAAGCCUGUUGUGGUUGAGCUGCCCAUCUCUCCACCAGUGAAACCCAUCAUGGGUGAGCUGCCCAUCUCUCCACCAAUGAAGCACGUCAUGUUUGAGCUGCCGAUCGCUCCAGUGGAAGCUGAGUCGCUUCAGAGAUUUGAGGGUUUGACACAGCGACAUAAAAAAAGUAAGACAGACAUGGAAACUUCAGUUCCACAGGCCAGAACUACUCUUCCUCCUCCCUCCCUAUUGGAUUAUUUUGCUCCACCUACAACUCAGAGAUGUCAAAGGUCCCAGGAUUUCUUCCCUCCACCUCCAGUGGAGCCCAUCGUGGUUGAGGAGCCCAUCUGUUCAGUGGAAGCUGAGUCUCUUCAGAGUUUUGAGGGUGCCCUACAACUGCGGAAAAAUAAGCCACUGAAGGGUCUGACACAGCGACAUAAAAAAAUACAGAAAGACAUGGAAACUUCAGUUCCACAGGCCAGAACUACUCUUCCUCCUCCUUCCCUAUUGGAUUAUUUCGCUCCGCCUACAACUCAGAGAUGUCAAAGGGCCCUGGAUUUCUUACCUCCACCUCCAGUGAAGCCUGUUGUGGUUGAGCUGCCCAUCUCUCCACCAGUGAAACCCAUCAUGGGUGAGCUGCCCAUCUCUCCACCAAUGAAGCACGUCAUGUUUGAGCUGCCGAUCGCUCCAGUGGAAGCUGAGUCGCUUCAGAGAUUUGAGGGUUUGACACAGCGACAUAAAAAAAGAAAGACAGACAUGGAAACUUCAGUUCCACAGGCCAGAACUACUCUUCCUCCUCCCUCCCUAUUGGAUUAUUUUGCUCCACCUACAACUCAGAGAUGUCAAAGGUCCCAGGAUUUCUUCCCUCCACCUCCAGUGGAGCCCAUCGUGGUUGAGGAGCCCAUCUGUUCAGUGGAAGCUGAGUCUCUUCAGAGUUUUGAGGGUUGCCAAAUGGCCCAACAUGGAGUUAACCCAUAUUCAAUGAGAGCAGUAACAGGUGCUCCAAUGAGCAAAUAUCCAGGUUAUCCAUGUACAACGACCAAAGCUGGGCCUGGAAUAUCAGACGCUUCCCUGGUUCACAUGCUCAGACCUCUCUCACCGAUGUUGGUGCCGGAAGAUGAUGGAGGAUGGGACUCUGCUGGGGAUCACAUGUCCACCCCUGGGACUCCCUUCUACAUGGGUUGACUCUUUCACUGGACCUUUGAAGCCCUUUAAGCUAUUUUGCCCGAAGAAAAGGACGCAGUGGAGCAUAGCAUUUUUCUUUUUAAAAUAAACUCAAGCAUACCCCACUUGGUCUUAAAAUAAACUUAUAAUAAAAUCCAA